AAUAACAAAAGCAGCCACAGCUUUUCAGGGCAGUAAUUUAUACAGUCUAUGGCAGUAACACAUCAUCUUCUGCUGCCUCUGGUUUUACAUUUGCCCUAAUUUAGAAACAUGUAACUGGAACCAAAGAUACUUUUGCGGUCUGGAGGCUUCCGUGGAGUCUCAGCUUGUCAGAAGCAGCGCUGUUAUUGUUUUCAGACCUGUUUUCGUACAUUUGUGUCAGCUAAGCUAGCUCUGAGGUUAGCUCCUCUUCAACUGGCUCGUCAACGCCUGACAGACUGUCUGACCUGAGAUUAUCAACCGGUGUUUACCGUCCAAAUUAACCCUACACCUCUCCUUCAGCCUGCCCGGGGCUGAUCAUCAGUGAUGGGAAGUCUGGGCAGUCGGUUCCAGUCCCCCUCUCAGGGACCAGAGGAGAUUGCAGAGGGCACAAGUACCAGCCACAAGCAUGGAUGUGAGUGUAAGAAGAGGAAACGAAAUGCCCAGUGUGACUGUGAGAGUGAGCAAGAGGAGGAUGAUGCCAUACUAGAUACACCGCGCAGGAAGAAAUUGAAAAGCACAUCACGAUACAUUUAUCAGACUUUGUUCCUGAACGGGGAAAACAGUGACAUUCGCAUCUGUGCUCUGGGACAGGAGUGGAACCUCCACAAAGUGUACCUGUGCCAGUCAGGGUAUUUCUCCAGCAUGUUCAGCGGCUCUUGGAAGGAGUCCAACAUGAUGGAAAUCAACUUGGAGAUCCCCGACCAGAACAUCGACACUGAAGCUCUACAAGUCGUGUUUGGGUCCCUGUACCGGGAUGAUGUUCUGAUCAAGCCCAGCAGAGUUGUCAGUAUUCUUGCAGCUGCUUGUAUGCUACAGCUGGAUGGCUUGAUCCAGCAGUGUGGAGAGACCAUGAAGGAAAACAUCAGUGCGAAGACCGUGUGUGGCUACUAUGCUUGUGCCAGCAUCUAUGGCUUGGAUUUAGUCAUGAAGAAGUGUCUUGAGUGGCUUCUCAACAACCUGAUGACCCACCAAAAUGUCGACCUGAUGAAAGAACUUGGGUCGGAUGUGAUGGAGCAGCUCAUUCAGUCCUCAGACCUGUUUGUCAUGCAGGUGGAGAUGGAUGUAUACACUGCUCUGAAAAAGUGGAUGUUUCUACAGAUCAAUCCGUCAUGGGAUGGCCCAAUCAAGCAGCUUCUGGCUGACGCUGAUGCGUGGCUUUGCAAGCGCAGGACAGACCUGUGUGAGAAAGAGCCUUUCUUGAGCACUGAGGAGGGCGAAGCUUUUCGUUCAGUGUUCAAAUAUGUUCGUCUCCAGUAUAUCAUCAACGAUCUUGCAUCUGCACGCAUCUUGGAGAGAGAUAAUAUUUUGCCCCCUGAUUGGUUAACGUCGGUGUACAAAACCCAGUGGUUCGCAAUGCUCCGGACAGAAUUUGACAAUGAUAACGGUCCACAGGAAGCAAACAAAGACGAGUUCGAGCUGAGCAGUAUGAGGUGCGGCAGGAAACUGACUAAAGAUGGAGAUUAUUGCUGGCGGUGGACAGGCUUUAACUUUGGUUUCGACCUGCUGGUGACCUACACAAACCGGUUCAUUGUCUUCAAAAGAAAUACUCUGAGUCAGCCAUGUGGGGGCGCUGUGAGUCUACAACCUCGAAGGCAUCUGGCAUUCAGGUUACGUCUUGCCUCCUUCGACAGCCGUGGAAAGCUAGUCUGCAGCCGCUCAACAGGUUACCAGCUCCUCACUCUGGAGAAAGACCAGGAGUAUGUGGUGAUGAACCUGGACAGCCGGUUGCUAACAUUCCCCCUCUACGUGUGCUGUAACUUCCUGUAUACGUCGCCUCAGAUGGACCAGCGUCCAGACUCCUCAGAACAAGAAAGCACUGCUCGCAGCGUGUCUUGAUGCCUGCUCAGCAGCCAUUAACUACUACUACUCCUCUGGUAACGCUGAGACACUGACACAAGCUUGUAUGUACAAUCCACCGCCGCAUGUAACAUCACUCUGACAUUGAACAUACCAUCUGCAUGCUAUGUAACACACUGGGGUGUUUAGGGAAAGUGUUUUGUAUCUGUGUAAUCAGUGUUUUGGCACAUAAAGAGUUCGCUACACGUAAACAGACUGACACAUGUGACCAGGAGGGAUUUGUCUUCAGAGCAGCUUCACACUUUGAACCUCCACCAUGAAUUCUCUGCACUGGGAUGUUGGACCAUUUCUCAAGACGGAAAUCCUCCAAGUUACUUAUAUUGAUGGAACCACUGUGGGGGUGUUGGGGCUGGAAUAUGGGAACCACAUGAGGGAUCAGCUCCACAAGGUGAAACUGGACCUUUACUGACUUGUAUGGGAAUUUUCAAGUCUGUUGUUCACUCUGACCAUGUGUAAAUAGACUGUAGGAUAUGGUCACAGGUGCAGCCCUUUGUUUGAAAACUCACCUGUUGUUUGCAAUGACUUGAAUCAACAGCUUUGUGCAGCUAGCACACAAAAUGCAACGUCUACCAACAGUGUUGUACACAAUCUAGAUACAUAUUUCACAUGACUCGGGGCUGAAUCUACUGAACAAACUCUGCCAACAUUUAAAGGAAUACUUCACAUGCAAAAUUAACAUUUAUAUAUGAACGAUUCACCCCAUGUUGUCUUGAAUACUUAAGAAAAGUUUGUUAUUCUCGCCUUCUUCCACGGUCCAUUUAAAACACUUCCAUGGUGUCUUGUGCAAGUGUAAACAAAUCUUGUGCUAAGUGCUUGUCACCCGGGUAUGUAUAUCUCGCAAGCGUGAGACACUUCAUAAGACUUGGAUUAUACUGUACAAGUUGCGUUUGUAAACCGAUGUUUUGAUACAGUUGUGCUGUUGUUCAAGGACUUACUAGUACAAUUUUCAGAUUCUUUGUUCACCAUGGAGGUGUGAGAAACACAAAGUUUUCUUCAGUAAUUCAAGAGAACACAGGGUGGGUAAUUGAUAUACAAAUGAAUUAGCAGGUGAAGUAUUCCUUCAGAAGCUGUAAAAAAUGUAAAAUAAAGAUUGAGCAUCUUUUCCACCUGCUGAUUAUCAGCUGAAAGAGAUUCAGCAUCAUACCUGUUACCACAUAUCACCUGCACAUCUUUUAAGCAGAUUUCUCUGCCGUUGUCGCUAUGUGAAAAGCUGUAUGAUCAAAUGGAGCGCAGCUGACACUUCACAGACAUCACUUUUUAAAUGUGAAGAAAGAAUAGUUAGAUGCAGUAAAAAGCAGGAGUUUCAGCCUGUGUUUUUAUUACUCUUUAACCUUUGAAUGUCCAGCUCAGUGGGUCUUAAGUUGUCUCUGCUGUUCUACACCAGAGCAACGUCUGUUUACGCUUUUCAGAUUUUCUAAUAGCAUCAAUACUCCCAGUUUAUGCCACAAACGUCUGUGGUUUAUACUCUGUAUCAAGUAUCCAUUGUACUUUGUAAAUAACAUUUACUGCCAUAUUCAAGUUACAAAACAACAUCCAAGUGAUAAAAGUUAAGUCACAAAGCCAGAGAAACCGUGCUGAUGUUACAUACAUGUAUGUAAAGCUGUAUUGUGAAAUCAAAAAUCUAAAUUAACCCAAUUAUCUUUUUCCAUGAGACUUGAGCAUCCGGGAGUUUUUAUGCCUCAUUUACACAGUUUUCACUUGGACGUGUGAUCAUUGACACCAGCUCUCUGAUGUUCACAGCAGAAUGUUGAGACUUUCUGCAGUGUUUACCAGCUUCACUGUCCGUUUAUUGUUGUUACCUGAGUCCACUGCUCCUCUUCUGCAGUGCACUUAGUUGUUGUAGGCAGGCUCUUUAACUGCUCCCCAGUUAUGUUGUUGUACACUUUUGAACUAUUGAUUAAUUCACUAUUUGUUUGGCAAUUUGGGAAAUCUGUUACCUCAUGCUAUUUUGAAAACAAGUGGACACGUACUGCUAACUCAUUCAAGUCAGUAUGGCUCGCCUGUAUAGCUGCAACUGUAACUUUCAUGAGGUUUAAGGUGUUUUUGUUUAUUUAUUUUUUACAUCAUUUGUAUUUGUAUGGAAUUAUUUUUUUGAAAAAGGAAAUACAGUUGUCGACAGCCAAUAAAAAUGCCCGUUCACAUGGGCUGUGGUGCUA